AUGGCGGACGAGCUCGCCGAGUUGAUAGACUUUCUGUCUGAUAGCAGACCACCUAUCAAGCAGCACGCGGCAGAGCUUGUGCAGGGGCUGACGGGGUCGCCAGAGGGCAUCAGCCAGCUGGCGGCGCGCAGCAGCAAGCUCCUGCCGCCCCUGUUCCGGCUGGUGCCGGGCCCGGAGGCCACCUCUCGCCCCGCCCUGGCGGCGCUCGUCAACUUGUCCCAGGAGCCCACAGUGCAGCAGCAGCUGCUGGACCUCAACGCUGCCGCUCGCUGCAUGGACUACAUGAGGGAGGGGAGCUGCCCGGGGCGCAACGACCUGCUGGUCAUGCUGCUGGCCAACCUGACAUCGCUGGAGGCGGGGGCAGAGGCGCUGCUGCAGGCGCGGGGGCCCGCCGGGGCGGCGGGGCAGGGCCCGCUUGAAGGCCUGCACGUGGCCACGCUGCUCAAACUCUUUCUGGACCCCGUGGCCCCUGGAGAGCAAGAUACGUAUGAGCAUGUGGCCACGGUGCUGCCCAACGUCACGCGCUUCCCCGCGGGAAGGCGCCUGCUGCUGCAGCCGGGCCGCGGCCUGCUGCAGGCGCUGGCCUCCCAGCUGCGGAGCAGCAGCGAGCUGCGGCGGCGCGGCUGCGCUGGCGCCAUCAAGAACUGCUGCUUCACCUGCGAGCAGGACGGCACCGCGGACGACAUUGCGGCGGAGACAGAGGCUGUGGGCACCAUCCUGGAUGUGCUGUGCGGCAUCACCGCCAAGGAGGAGGACGAGGCGGUGCGCGAGGCGCUGGCGGAGGCGGUGCUGUGCGUGGCGCGGCACGGCGGCGCGCGCAAGGCGCUGUGGAAGUGCGACGCGCCCACCACACUGCAGAAGGGAUAUGAGUUUGAGGAGAACCGCACGGUGUGCGCCUGCAUGGAGGCGACAGCAGAGCUGUUCCUGGGGGAUGGCUUUGAGCCCGAGCCCGCCGAUGGGACGCAGCAGCAGGCGGCCGACGGCGAGGCGCCGCCGCCGCAGCAGCAGCAGCCAAACGGCGCCGUGCAGAUAGAGGAGAUUGACUGA